GCCGCAGUUGCUUCUGGGAGUUGUAGUUGUUUCGUACCACAACAACGUAGAACAAUACGCCUGCGGCUGCCAGCGGUACCACAAUAGGUGCGUUCAUCCUCGUUUGAGGUCGCGCGCACAAUACAUCCCCCCGCAACCCAACCGCGCGCUCGGGCGCGUUUUUUACUCUUCGCUCACGCCCACCGCAGAAGCAAGGCGUGUGCAGCGAUCGCAUAGGACAAAAUAUAAUGUGUCUCGUCUUCCAAACUCUACAUUUCUAUUUCUCAAUGGAGAGGAGACUAUUAUUAUUAAUUAUUAUUAUUAUCACCUCUGCUCCCCAUUGUCUGGAACAGGACGCCUGCGCAGUGCGAGCCUGCUCCCUCGGAAUCGCGCAUGCGCAGUGGUUCCGUUCUGGGGCGAUGCAAAUCCAUUCUUUUCACUUCCCCUCCCCCCUCCUCUCCCUCGCUCUCUCCCCGCGCUGGCGAGCUGAGGCGGCGCCUGCGCAAUAGCUUCCCCCUGUUCCGCGCCGUUAGCCGCUAUAUGCUGGGAAUAACGUUCGAGCGGUUGCUUACACAGCCAGAGCGGCACUGAGAGGCGGGGAGUCCGCGAGCGCCCUUCCCCUCCUCCUCCCUCCGCGUCCUCCUCUCUGUGGAGAAGAUGGUGGGCCUGUGAGCCAGCGCUUUUGCCUUUCCCAAGCGGGGUGAGUGAUGCUGCGGGCGGGGGGACCCCUCCGCCCGAGCGCCGCGGCGCCUUCCCUUCCCCUGGCCGGGGAUGGAGCCCUAAAUGCGGCGCGUUGUAUGCCUCCCGCUCCGCCUGCUGCCCUCGCCCUCCUCCUCCAGGGGAGGCGGGUGCCUCGCAUGCCCCUCAGUGACACUGGCGCUUCUUCCAAUGCUACGUUUCCCGUCGGGGGCUUUCUGCUAUUCCUGCCCGCUGAGCAUUGUCCCUCUGGGACUCCACAUAGGAGGCUGCGGCUGCUGCACGGAGGCGAGGGGUGGGGGUUGCAAUGGCCCAGAUUGGAUACAGAUGGAGCUGCUAAAACCACCGUUUCCUCUUUCCUCCCCUUCCUCCUCCAAGAUAACAAACCUUCCCCCCGGGCGCUCUCUCCAGUGGGGUGGAGGCUUAGAGCCCGUUCUCUUCUCGUCAGCUCGCAUACGCUUCUGCGUGGAAAAAAUGUCUAGAAGGGGCGUGAGUGCAGCUUCUUUGCUUUGUGCCUUUUCUUCUGGGAUCGGUUUCCUUCUUUCUCUCUCUCUCCCCUCCCUUUCCACUGUGGAUUCUCAUCUGUCUGAUUCGUUUUACGGGCCCUCGUUUAGGAAACGACAACAACGACAAAAACCACCUGGCCGAUAAAUAGAAAAGGCGUGUGUGUGCAGUAGUAGUAGUAAUAAUAAUAAUAAUAAUAAUAAUAAUAAUUUGAAGCUUCUGUUUUUCAGCCUGGCAUGCAGCACUGACUGUAAGCAGCCUUUAUCUAAAACGAGGCAUGGAUUUACAUUUCUAUGCACAUUUUCUCCCCCCACUCCCUUCUGCUGAUGUUCCUUCUGAUAAUUGUUUUGUGAAUUCGUUUCCGUUGUGGUCUUCUGUGUAUGAAAAGGAUCCCUAGGGAAAUGCAUAUGGCUUCUCGAAAACUACACAGACCAGGAAAGUAACGGCCUUUUGUGGAAGGCAUCAUUGCAAGUCAUUCAUUUUGUGCACGAGUGAGAUAUGUGUAGUCAUAGCAGCUUUCUUGGAAGUGAAAUGGAUUGGUUACAAAGGCAAUAAAAAUCUUAGCCUGGUUUUCAAAUAUCCAGUAUUUUGUGAAAGAGGAAGCUGACUGGACUGAAAACCAUAUGACAGCUCUACAGAUGAGCCUUCUUUUGUGAUCUCAUCCACUCAUUGCUUGGAGCCUGAUGCUAGAAAUGGGGGAAGGGAAGAGGAGUGUUUCUGCUCAAAAUUGUGUUCUGGUGCAUUUAUGAUUCACUUAAUCUAGUUAGUCUCCAGGAUCAGGCAUGAUGUUGCUUCAGCAUCUGAUCAGGAAAUUGUUAAAUACAUUAAAAAUGAGCUGUAACUGUUCAGAAUAUGAUACUUGCAUGCAGUCAUUGCAUUGUAAAUAAGUUGCUGUUUGAGCUACUUGUUCGCUUUUAAACAAAUUUUAAGCAAGUGCUUCCAACAAUAUUGUGUAUAACAAAAGCAAGUACAAUAUGCUGAUAAAAACAGAACAGAACUUCAGAGUAACCAGACAAUGUGUUAUCUAAAAUGGAAUCCCUUGGAUUCAGUUGUUUUCACGUUCAUUAAGUGCAAAAGAUAUUCUUAAUAAAAUAUUUAUUUGAAGCAAUGCACUCAAGUUCCUAAACUAUGACUAGGAUUGUGCCGAUCUGGUGUAUCUCUACUCUGCACUUGAAAAGGGUAUUCUAGGGCAAUUAAUUAUAUUUAACAUAAGAUUAUUUAUAUACAUCUGUUAAAUAACUUGGUUGUUGUUUUGGACACUCUGGCCAGACUGGUGUGUGUAAUCCAGCAACAAAAUUCAACAGUGCUUGAAUAAUUUGUACCAUGGGUGCUGAUAGCAGCUGCUUCACUUUCUUACUAGUAGUCUCACUUUAGAAUACUUCAUCUUUAUGGAACUUUAAAAGGUCUCAUAGUUCAUAAAGUCUCCGGUUUUUUGAGGGGUGGAAAGAAUGUCUGUAAAGAUAGUGUAAUUAGCAUAAAUUUGAAGGUCUUGUUCUGUUUUGAGAUCUGCAGCUCCCUAAUUUCCUACAAUGUGCACAAACAAUGUUGUCAUUUUCUUUCCUCCCUUUCCUUUCCACUUUAUAUAUUAACCAUAUCUCAUUGUCUCUGCUGUACUUCUUUUAUUUAAAUGCCUGUGUGACUUUACAUAUUCCCAUUUUUGUCUAGAGAAAAUGGUAGAGAGCAGCUCCACACUAAAAAGGCUGAUAUCUGUAUCCCUUUUUAAAAUUAUACCUUCAUGACUAUCACAACUAUUACAGUGGUACCUCGGGUUACAUACGCUUCAGAUUACAUACGCUUCAGGUUACAGACUCCGCCAACCCAAAAAUAGUGCUUCAGGUUAAGAACUUUGCUUCAGGAUGAGAACAGAAAUCGUGCUCCGGCGGCAGCAGGAGGCCCCAUUAGCUAAAGUGGUGCUUCAGGUUAAGAACAGUUUCAGGUUAAGAAUGGACCUCCGGAACAAAUUAAGUACUUAACCUGAGGUACCACUGUACUAUUCUUAAUAUAAGUUUGUGGUAAAUAGCAUUUUAUACUUGUAAUUAGGUUCUGAUUGGCUCAAAUCAAGGCCCAGUGCUUGAGUAUUAAUGUGUUUUGAGUGACAGAUCUUACAUUUGCCUUUCCAUGAACAAGUACUUAAAACUAAGAAUCUGUACUGUGUAUUAGUAAUUUAGACUAUACCCAAAGGUUUGUUUGCAGUGUUGAUGAUGAAGCCUCUGUUGAAGCUUUCCUAAUGUCAUAGAGGGGUGAGGUGGUUAGAAAGUAUGUUUGCCAGUAACUGAGUUGCUCAAACCUUGGAGGGUCAUAGAAAGCAAAAGAGCCUUGCGAAGGCAGGGAAUUCCACAGAGAAAUCACCCACCCUUAGCACCCGCCCUUUACCCAUUGGCAGAACCUAAGAUCACCCUCAGAUAGCAAGGCUGGCAAAUGCCAAGACAAAAUGCCAAGACUGGCAAACGCCAAGACAAAACUCUUCUGACAAGUAUUUGUCCUCCAAGCCAUUUAGGGUUUUAAAAGUAAAUCACAACACCUUAUAUGUGACUCAAAAAUGAAUAGGUGGCAUGCAGAUCACAGAUUAUAGGUGUAAUAUAUGACACUAAAAGGCAUGAGUUUACCAGGGCAUGGAUCCCUGUGGCAAGACUUUCCUGGUCUAGGAAUCAUUGUUGCUGGAGGUCCAUCUGGCCCCAUGAGCGCCCAGUGACAAAGAUGGAUCCAGAAAUACUCCCAGAUUAUGCAGAUCUUUCAAGGGGAGUGCAUUCUCAUCCAGAACAGGCAGUCUACCAAUCAGAGGAACUUGGCAGCUCCUCACCAACAGAACCUCUGCCUUAUUUGCAUCCAGCUUCACUUCAUUGGUCCUCAUCUAGCCCAUUAUCCUCUCCAAACAGUGGUUUUAGUAAGAUACAGGAUAGUAUCUCUUGGAUCCUGGACACUGGUGAUUUUCUAGUCUCUCAGUCCUAUAAGAAGCCUACAGUUAUAAAUAUAAUACAUUAAUUAUAGUGCCAUUUAUAAUCUUAUAAGUCAGAUCCCCACAUGGUUCUCUCACUGUUAACAUGGUGUUUAAUAGAUAGCUAUGAUUCAUGAUUCACUUUUAUGUUUAUUCUUUGAUAUAUAUGUGUUUUAAAUACUAAUUCCCUUUUAAACUGCUUUUUUAAAAAAGAAAAUACUGGAGGAAUACAGUGUUGUUCUAAGGUACUCAUACUGUCAGGACAAACAUUUUGGCUUGCCAGACAGACCAGUCCCCACCCCCACCCCCGUGUGCUGUUCCAUGAGUUCUCAAGAUCCCACUUGAGCCAAUUUCAGGGAGUGAGGAGGGUGGAUGAUUUCUGCUGAUGGGACUCAUUAGUUGAAUCCCACCCAUUGAAAAUAAUUGAAAUAUUAAAGCCUUUUUAAAACAAGCAAACCCCCCACCCUGCUUACUACAAUCCUGUAAGGUGUAUAUACUACUGACAUUAGUAUAGCACAAACUAUAUGGAUGGGGAGAACUGGCCAAACUAGACAAUAUGGAUGGUAUUCAAAUAAGUUUUAUUCAGAGUAGACACACUGAAAUUAAUGCACCUAACUUAUUAAUGUUCAUUGGAUGGAAGUCAACAUUGCCCUAUGACAAUUCUGCCUGUGGAACAAUCUCUCUCCUCGCAUGUGUGCUGUUUCAGUACCAAUUUGGGGGGUGGGUGCAGGGGGAGGAGAUGAGGGCAGUCCUUGCAUCAAGCUUCUGGCGAGGCAUGUUAGGUGACUCCCAUUAAUUUUAAUGGGUCUACUCUAAGUAAAACUUACUGCAAACCACCCUGUGCUUGCUUUGUAUCUGUGUCCCUAAGUACAAGGUUUUAAUCACCGAUUUCCAGUUUAAGGGGUCAUCUGGAUUGGGACCCUAGAAUGGAAACAGGCUCCCCAUGUUGGCAAUUUGUGUAAAGAACCAAGCGAAUACCCUAAGGGCACAGAUAUAGAGCUCUAAAAUACAAUCUGGCGUUGAGUGUUAUGCUUAGGAUUUCCAUAUUCAAAGGUAUUUUGCCACUGAAUACCAGAUGCUGAGAAACAAGAAUGGGGGAGUGGCUGUUGUUUCAUGCAUUUCUUGUGUAUUUCAUGGAGCAUCUGCUUGGCCGCUGUGGAAAACAUGAUACUGCAGUUUAUGGGUCUUUUGGUUUGAUCCAGAAGGCUUGCUGUUAUGCUCACCCCUACCCAGUGAAUUCAUAGUUGAGCUGAAAUUUGAGCUGGGACUUCCCAGGUCAUAGCUCAUGCUUGCAAUCACUGUGCUAUAUUAGCUCUUCAUAAAUGUUACCAGCACUCUGAUAAAACUUCAAGACUCCAACAGAAUUAGAGAGCUUGAAGAAAUCAAAUCAAAAUGAGUCCAGACCUGCAUGUCAAAAGCAGCCUCAGAAGAAGAAUUUCUCCUGCUGAAACACAAGUGCCAAGGCAGUUGUUUCCAGGGUUUUUUUAUUAUUAUUCGGCCAGAUAUUAUAGCAAAGCAUAAUUUGUGAUAAACAGAAGGUAAUGGUCAUUGCUUUUCCUCUUGAGAUCACUGUAGCCAGAGAUGGGGAUGCUGAACAGACAAGCAGCUCUUAAUUCCAUGGUUUGGAGUUACCGUACUUGUUUUAUUUUAUUUCAACAAUUUAUAUACCAACACCCUAAGUCUCUAAGUGAUGUACACUAAUGUUACAGAAUAUAUGAUAAAGAUAAAAUCAAUUAAAAUUAACCAUGAAAUCAGAAAAAAAAUGCUUAAAGUGCCUGUUGAAAUCUUCACCAAGGACUGAAAGUUCAAAUGAGUGGUGUCUCAUCUGAUUUUAGCUGGGAGGGAGUUCCAUAGAAAUGGUCCCAUAUCACUGAGCACACAGCUCCUGGUGAGCAUGAGCCAUAGAGGACCACCAACAGGGACUCACACAAAGACCACAGUGAUCAGCCUGGGGUAUAAGGGAGCAGGUGAUCACAUCAUGGUUUCCCUUUUUUACUAUAGUUUUAGGCAACACCCACCAAUGAACAAUCUCCGGGUAAUGCACUGUUUGUAAAGUGGGACCUUUUUGUAUUACAAUUUUGGCAGUGUAGUUUUCAAUCCCUUUCUUAACGAUCCCUAACACAGAAUUAUCCCUUAUCAUAUUUUAAAUUUUCUUCAUGUUACACAUUUUGUCUUACUGUGAAUGUACCUAUUACUGUGGUUUUGCAUAUGUUGUACACAAUAAAGAGUGUAAUACCUGGAAAUAUAUAGCCAAGCUUUACUAUAUCUUCUCUUUCCAGUCUUUGCAAUAUCAUACCCUUUGGUUAAUGAGAGGUUCAGAGAAAGUUUAUUGUAGCUUGAAUUUGAGCAGAAAGAAUUCACUGCCAGAAUUAGCUAAACCUCUGCGUGUGUGUAUGUGUCCAUGUCCAUAUAUGUGUGUGACAACUGUCGCUUUUUGGGAAUCCAAAUAAUGAGUGGUUGUACUACCUGCUUAAUAGAUUACUUACUUCAACUUUGCUGGUUAUAUAUCUCUCAACAAACAAACCAAGACACCAUCAAUCUUUAGCCUGCUCUCAUUACAAAAAAAAUAGACCCUAAAGCCAGUUAUGAACUAUUUUUCAUAAAAAUGCUGAUAUUACACAAUAUAUUCUCUUUCAAAGCUGUUGCCUUCAUGUUCUCAUCUACCCACAAGUCACACUAUUUAUCUUCUAGGAGUAUAUAUCUUUUACAUUUCUCCCUCAUUAGUUAUCAAGUAGUUGAUAAAUAUUCCUUGUCAUAACAGUUGCACAACCUGUGAUUCAGGUCUUGUGCACAGGUGAUGGCCUUCUUAGGAUGGUUUUAUGAUUGCAUUCAACAUGCUUUCAAUUAUUUUCAUCUUCUAUAGCUAUGUUAUAUUAAUGGGCCAUUCAUUGCCGACUUAACAACUUUCAAUAUAACCUUAUCCGUUCUUUCCAAUAAACUGCUACAUAUAUUGAUUUUGCAGUGUGAUCAAUUCAGGCUUAUAGUCAAGCUGCCAAAAAAACUUCAUUCAAUGUAGGAACUGUCUUUCAGUAGGAACUGUGUCCUGCUAGGAAGAAUGAUUACCUUUGGGCAAAUAUAUUUGUAAAAAUAGUUCUGAAUUUUUUUGUAUUAGUCAAAAAAUUGAUUAUACAGUUUGAAGAGAAAACUUGAGGCACAGAUAAUGCCUUCUGUUAAAUAUAUUCUUCAUUGUUGAUGGCUAUUUUGCAACCAGAAUGGUAUCAUUUGGUUAAAUACUAGAAAAUAGUUUUAUGGUAUCUUGCAAAUUAACCAUUUAAAGAGUGGGUGUAAGGAAAACCAUGAUGUGAGUGCCACUGCUGUGCUUGCAAUUAUUUUGAUAUUUUGAAAAAAGCAAAUUUAAAAUUAUGUUUAUAAAUGGACAUAUUGUACUUUAAUUCAUUAGUGUCGUAUUAAUAUUUUCUUUAAGGUAGUUAUAAGGCAAAUUUUAAAUUCAAGUAAAUACAUUACCUUCAUUUAAAAUUCAGCAGAAAUACCAGAGGUUUAUUUCUUAAGCAUACUGUUCUAUGUGCGUCACUUAGCAUGUUUCAUUUUACUUACAUUUAGUAAACAAACCUAAAAACUUUGAAAGUUUGAAAGUCAGACGUCUAAUAUCCUAUUCGCAGUUGGCAUCUGUUCUCUCUUAAUGAAUUUGUGAAAUAGAAAAAUUUCCAUGUGAAAAGAAAGUACUGGGAUUUAUUUAUUUAUUACCUGCCCUUCACUCUAAGGUCGCAGGGUGGGUUAUAGCAUUAAAAAGAAUAUUAAAAACAGCUUGAGAAAUUUUCUGUCCCCCAUCCCUGGUGGGACUGAUUUUUAAUUUUGUUUCACAUCAUUUCUAGUAUAUUUGAGGACCUCCAAGAAACACAUCAUUCCUAUGUGGUCAGAAAUGCUUUAAGUUAAACAUCAGAAUUUAGGGUCCUGGUUCCAGAAACAGCCACUGUUUUGGGAAAGUUCUGGGAUGUUGGCAAAGAGGGCAGCAGUCUUUUGUUUGUAAAGAAGAAGGGAAGUGGGCAUCAGCAGUUAAACAUAGUUUCUGCUUUUGAGUUGAUGUAAUUGUGGCCUGGACUUCCUUUCUAAUUCUGGUGGUCUUGUAUGAACUAAAACAUGUUCCUAUGAGGGACAAUAAAGAAGUUUUGUGUCUCUGGCUCAAAUUGGACUGUAAAAUAGUUGCUUAAGCUUCUGCUUAAUGAUCUGGUGCUUUAAGCUUCAGUACCUUCUUCAAUGGGACGCGGGUGGCACUGUGGGUUAAACCACAGAGCCUAGGACUUGCCGAUCAGAAGGUUGGUGGUUCGAAUCCUCGUGACGGGGUGAGCUCCCGUUGCUCGGUCCCUGCUCCUGCCAACCUAGCAGUUCGAAAGCACGUCAAAGUUCAAGUAAAUAAAUAGGUACCGCUCCGACAGGAAGGUAAACGGCGUUUCUGUGCGCUGCUCUGGUUCGCCAAAAGCGGCUUAGUCAUGCUGGCCACAUGACCCGGAAGCUGUACUCCGACUCCCUCAGCCAAUAAAGCGAGCUGAGCACCGCAACCCCAGAGUCAGUCACGACUGGACCUAAUGGUUAGGGGUCCCUUUACCUUUACCUUUACCUUUUACCUUCUUCAAUUAGUUUAUUAUGAAUACUAGCUAGAAGGCUUAUUGGUAGGCAUAAAGGAAACCUAUUUAUUAAUCAUAUCCCAUGCUUUGUAGGUGAAAUAAUGACCAGAACAUAGAAAAAAAGGGCUGUCUUUUGCUCAACCCAACAGACUACAACAUCUAUAAUACAAUGAUAUAUCACUUGGUAAAAUACCUUCCUCCCAUUUUUUUGUGUAAAAAAAUCCAAGUGUUAAAAUUUGAGAUUAGAUCAGGUUUGAAAUCUGGGUAAUAUUCUCCAAAAUUGGGAUGUCUUGGCUGAUUUCUGAGCUUAGAGAAUUUGAUCUUAGACACACACAUUGAACAGUCACAGAUUAUUUGCAAGCCUCACAGAUAUUUGGCCAGGUGAAGCAUUUUGGGCAAAUAGACUGUACUUGCAAAAGAAAACUGCUGGUGGAGGAGGAGUUAACCCCACAGUUAGAUUUAUUGGGGAGCAGGGGUGCAGUGCUCAGCACUUCCUUGAGGUGAGUAUUACAAGCUCUUGAAGCUUGUAUCUGGGCCAAAGCCAAGAAAACAUGACAUGGGGUAUCAGAUGUGUCUGGUACAGUUAAGCAUUGGGAUUCUACACCUAGAAAUUUCUGGCAACGUGAGAAGGGUUUUGGUUAUCCUAAUUAUCCUGUUCUUCUGGGUCUUGGGACCUUCAGAGAAAGUAGUAAAGAAUACCAAAGAUUCUUCCCAUCAUAGUUGGGAUAAGGUAAGGUAAAUCAGGACCCUGGGCAGCUCCCAGUGGGCCCUGCUAGCUGUUCUUGAGAAGGUGUCUGAACAAAGGCUUGGAAACAUCUGAAGCCUUGAUAAGACUGGCAGGGCUUGAUCUUCCCGUUGUUCUGCCUCCCCUGUGAGAGCUGUUUGCAAUUUUUUAAGGGCCCAUGGUCUAUUCUUCAGUUACACGCUCAUGCAUUAUUGUGGAGCAGGAGUGGGUGACGCUUCAGGAGAAUAAUUGUUAGGACUUCAAGGGUUAUGUAAGAGCCACAUCCUCAGACCAAGGCAGUGUAGAAGUAGGUGCUAUGGGGUGGCUGGUGCAUCAUCUCAAUUAUUCAAUUGUAGAUUGUUUGUCCAUACUGUCCAGGGUACUACUUGGUCUGGGAAUUAAAAACAACAACAAAUAAAUCUGUGUCGGGUGGAUUGAGGCCAAUGCAUAUCACAUAAACUGGAAGGGAAAUAAAAGAAAAGAACCUCAAAAUAAAUUCGAAAACACUGUUCCUAUAUUACUGAGGAAUAUUGGUGGACACAUGCAUUUGGUGCAAAAGAAAUAAAGUUAUGAAAAUCCCUGUAUAUUUGUUUAAUUUGAUAGAAGAAACAUAAUCUAGUCCUGUCAAUGAGAGAUCAGGUGGAAAUGUACCUUGGGCAAUUGAAAGAAAGCUUAUUAUGUCAUUGCAUGGCACAAUGUGCAUGCAGUAAUCUGAUUACCUUUAGAUGCAGUAGCAUUUAAGUGAAAAGAAUUAAAGACAUAAUCUUGACCUUACGAACUUGAGCAGGGAAAUACAGAUGUAUUACUGAUGGAAGUGAUAUCCAUUCUAAGGUGUUUUCAGUAUUGAGAUAAGUAUUUCAGGUAAGGUAAAUUGGGGAAAGUUGGAUAUACUGUGGAUUCAUAUCAACCUACAAGGUGAAAAAUAUUCGUAAUGGCAAACUAACAGGGUAUGUGAGAUUUUGCUGGUGAUUAAUAUUGAUACUUUUUUAUUUAGAUAGAUAUAAAUUAUUUUGCAAACAAGCUAGUAAUAAGUAACAAAUCUGUGUUGCAUAACUAGAAUUUACAUAGUUAGGAACAGUAUUAUUUUAAGGUUCCUAUCUGCUUGUGUAAGUCCCAAAUUCUGCUUUGAAGAAGUGAUUAAAGAUUAUCCAUGAACUAAAAUUAGUUUUCAAAUUGAGCAUGAUCUUUAUUUCAAGAAAUUGACACCAAGGCCCGAGAGAGAAGCAUGAUGAAUUUAGGCAGUUAUAAUGAGUUUGCAAGAUCAUGCAUCCUUACCAUUUCUAUCUCCCCCUUUCUAUGUAUACUUGUUUUGGUAAUAGUAACACACAUGCAUACCACAGAACUGAAUUAAGGCAGUGCAUGAAUUAGCAACAGCUGACCAGGUUGGGUAGUGGGAUUAGCUGCAAUCCCUUGGCCUCUUGGUCCCUAAAUCCCAAAUAAUGUGUAUGCAUGUAUCAGGUCUAAGUCUUAGGUGCCUCUUCCUUGUAUGUUCACUUUAAUUUAUCUCAAGAUGCAGAUCUACCAAUUAAGGCUUUUAAAAAAUCAGGUCUUGAAUAAUUUAGGCAGAGCUGAGAAUGCAAUAGGCUUUGAGUUGGUCUUAAGAGAUGAAAUGGGAUACAUUUAAAUAAUUGGCCAAUGAUGAAGUCUUUGUCAUGAGAGCAGUAAACAAAAGGAGAUGUCAACUAUAAUUGAAAAAAACCAGAUACUUCAAAACAGAUGUCGGGUGUGUUCUCAUAUGCUCUCGGUGUGUGUUAUAAUUCAAGAAAUAGGCUAGUUUUAAUAUUUGCCUUGAGAAGAGUCUUUUUCUGAACUACUUUGUAAAAGAAAUAUGCAUUCUUACUCAGUACUUGCAUCAGCUAAAUAUUGCCUAAUAGAAUAAAAACUCAUAAACAUGUUUCUCCCUCACUCCUGCCUUUCUGGAUAGUUGUACUGGCAUGUGAUUCAAAUUGGAACAGAUUUGCAAUUGUGUAAGUUUUGUUGAAGCUAGUCAUUACCAGUAAGGGCUGCACACCAGUCAAACUGAAGGGUAGUCAGUUUAUGGGUCAUUAUUAGAAGCAGUCAAAUCUACCCUGAAUACUCUGUAGGUAACAGUUUACCUAUUUUUAUUUAGAUAUCGCCAUGCUUUUAUGUUUGCCCCUGACUGCUGUAGGGCUAGAGACAACUGUCUUCUGCCAUUUGUUACCUAGGGCAGGAGUGAAGAUAGCUUGCUUGCUAGCUUUGCUCAGUCAUGAGCAAUGGUACUCUCCUGACUAUACUUGUAGGUAUCUCCAGACAACAGCAUAAGCGAUCAUCAGUGAUUCGGGCCAUUGCCUAUAAUGCAUAGAGUGCUGGAUUAUGGAGACUGAGGUUCAAAUUUUCAUAUAGGCGUAAAGUUGAUUAGGUGACAUUUAGCUUAGCCUACUUUACAUGUUUCAAUGCUAGGUAGAACUCGAUUUUUGGUGAGGGUCCUAAAUGUUGCUGCUGCUGCUGCACCAAAUGCUCCAAAGUAAUAGGAGCAGCUGCUUCACACUAAGUCACCUGUCUUCAAGGCUUGUGGACUUUUGAUCAUGUGUAUUUGUGUUGGGAGUGGGGUAAUUGCUGUUUCUAACCCCCAACCACAACCACAGGCAUAUUCUGUGGUGGUGUUUUCAUAUUUUAAUAAUUUCAUUGAUAAUAUUUUAGCUCAAAUAUUGGCAGGCAGAGAAGCUGUUCUUUCCAAACUGGGUUACACCCACAGAAUGUGGAGUUAAAGUUCUGAAUUAUGUGGAUUAUAUUGGUAGCUUUGCAGCUGUUGCAUCAUCUGUUUGACACACUUUUGAAUAGAAUAAUUUAUGUACAAAGCAGCUAAAGAAUGUAAUUCCCAAAGCUGUAAAAACAGUGCCCCGCCCUUCAAAUGAAAACUGCAAUACAUGCCAAAAUAUAACACGUUUUUAUUAGGUUAGUACAUUCCAUUAAAAGUGUGCAUGCAUUGAUGUUAGGUAUUUAAAUUCAAUGUGAUGUCACCUGCAUUUUUAUGUUACUGUUUCUAUCAGGGAACCAAAUAUAUCUCUUUUAGGAAUUUUCAAUUUUCUGUAGAGUGACAACAGUGGUCCAUCUAGUAUUUUCCUCGCAAUGCAUGUUUGCACUUGAUAAUUGACUUGACUCUUCCAUUGGACUUGACUCUUCCAUUGAAACCUACUUGGCAGAACUGGGGAAACCUUUUCAGCCCAAGGACAAAAAAGUGGACAGAACAAUGGAUAUGACACCUACCUUUGUACAGUAGACUACAUUUCAGUCACAGGGUUUUAUAUAUAACAAACCUGGCUUGCCAACAGUGGGGUUGCUGUUGGGUGAGGAGGUUGGUGCAGUAUAUGCAUGGUAGUGGAGCCAAUCCAGCACUCCUGCACCUCUGCCCACAUAGUGCACACACACAUGCCCAUCCGUGUGUGCUAGAAGCAUGUGCUAGAAGAAUGAGCACAGUUUCAGGACACAUUCCAGCCAGGCAAAAUAACUACAAGGCAUAGUACCUGGGAGGAGUGUGUCCUAGGGGAACGUAGGUGUGGUCUGGGGAGGGUUCAAGUGCCUGAUAAUUCAGCUCCAGAUCCUGAGAUUCCCCACCUGUUCUAUGGUUCAAUCUUACUGAACAGGUGUGGAUUGGACCACAAGUACCACUGUGACCUACUUAAUCGUAACUAUGCAUAGGAUUGUGUUCUUGGUUUCUCAUUCAACCAGCUUUUAUACAGUAGGUUGAUAAGAGUUCUAAGAAGACGUUUAAAAUAUGUAUCUGGGUUGCAAAUCUGUCACUAUUCUGCCAGUUUGCUUAUUGCUAGGUGUAGCAGUAAAGUUAAAGUCUGCUGUCAGCCUUUUAUCUCUGCAAGUGCUACCUAAAGCUACUAUGACUGCCAGGAACAAAAAAUAUACAAACCCUUCUCAGGUGUUUUAAUUUAUUCUGUUCAUCAACAGUUGCUUCAGUGCUCUGAUUAAUCAGUCCUGACCUAGUUGUUUCUGUUUGUUUGUUUGUUUGUUUAUUUUUAAAAAACCUUCCUGUUCAAUCUCAAUGUAUAAUGUUAUUUGGAUUUACAUUUUUAGAUUUAAUAUGUUUCAGUGCUAGUAUUUUUGAAAUCUUGCUGAUCGCUAAAAGUAUAGUCUGCUUGUUUGUUUGUGUUCUUCUUCCAGAUCUUUUAGAUUCUGCUCUAUUUUAAGUCACAGCACAAUAUUUGUUUCAAAAUCCACAGUAGGAGAAUACCUUUAUUAGGUCAACCAAAAUGCCAUACAGUAGUGAGCAAGAUUUUGAGCUGUCCCAAAAUCAGGCUAGUUGGUAAGCAAAACACAUGGGCCCCUGUAGCAACACUGUAGCAUGUGGCACACUUCUAUUCAGGGUUAAUGUCAUUUCAUUCCAUUUCAUCCCUACUAUACUAGCUUUCCUCCCUACCCCAUCCAAAACUCAGCAUUGCAUGCUGACUGAGCCUGAUCGGUUCUCAUGGGCCUGUUUCAACGAUUUGUAUAUGAUUUUGGUGGAUACUGUGGGGUAGAUGUACUUCUGUCUCUGCAUCAAUCUGUAAAUGACCUACCUUGAUAAUGAGAGAGAUCAGUCUUUGCUCUCUCUUUUUUAAACAAACUUUAUUCAAAAUUUUAAAAGCAGUUCUAAACUCUUGAAAUCUGUAUGUGUGUUCCCUCCCUCUCUAGCCACUUUGUUCCAUUUCCCCUACCAGAACUCAUAGUGUACAAAAUAAAGGGGUGCCAUAAUCUUUUUCUGACUUGGCUUGGCUUUGCCUUUGGUAGUCACAACAUUGUUAGUCAAUUUCUCAAGUAAGGCAGCAUUCCAAAAUAUUCUCUCGUCAGUAAGCAUUCUAUGACAUUGAGUUUGUACGGAGCUAUUUUUGGGUUUCCUUCCUUAGGUAUUUUUCCCUAAAGAUUUUUGGAGUUUUGGAAAACCUUGGGACUAUCCCAAGUGUACUGAUACCUCUCUUGUGUGUGAGUGGUAGCAUUUUAAUUGUAUCCUCAAGAGCAUGAGAAGUCUUGAAGCAGAAAUCAUUACUUGAAAUAAAUUUUGCCAUAUGUUGUUAAAACAUCAUCUGCUUACUGAAAACCGAUGAUCAAUUUUUUUACAGCCUUGUAAAGCUACUGAACUUCUUUCAUUCAUCCCUAUAAAUUGAAAAAAUCUAUAAGGAGAAACUGUCUCAUGUUUAUGCAUGCCAGCUACACCCACACAAUAAUAAGAAAUUUAAGCUAUGAUAUAGCUAUGAUGUUCACAAUUAGAGACGGGAAAGCCUGGGGGGGGACAGAAAAAUGGGGGGGGACCCAGGUUUCUUUCAGGUUUUCCCCAAAGCCGUUGGGGGGGGAAUGGGGGGACGGGACUGGUCCUGGUCCCCUCCCCCCAAUUUUUCCGGGUUCUUUUCCAGGCCUUCCCAUCUCUAUUCACAAUGCAAUAGUGUGUGGGGAAAAUGUGUACAUUUUUCAUGUACCAUAUUUAUGUACAUGUAUUGGGCAGCUGUGGUUGAUAGCAGCAGACUCCCAGUGUGUGAUACGUGGAAAAAUAGAUGGGUGUCCUUCACACAUGAUGGUGUGCAUGUUUAUUUCCUUGCAUCUGUGUAUGAAAAGGCAGUUUGUGAAGCUAUCCUUAUAGCUGAUAUAAAUCUGAAAAUCAUGUGUUAGUUGUGUUGUCCAGCUUCUCUGUGUUGGAAAAUAUAGAAACCCUAUUAGGAACAAGAACUGAAGAUAAAAAUAAAUAGAGCCAGGGCUUUCUCGGCCGCGGCUCCAAUCUGGUGGAACGCUCUAUCACAAGAGACUAGGGCCCUGCGGGACCUGACAUCUUUCCGCAGGGCCUGUAAGACAGAGCUGUUCCACCAGGCCUUUGGUCAGGGCGCAGUCUGACCCCCUCCUCUGGCAAUCUGCACAGAAUUUUGCUUAAUGGUUGCCAUCAAUUUGAUUUUAAUUAAUUUUUAUAAUGAAAGGUUUUUAGAAUGUUGGAUUAUUUUGAUUGUUGUUAGCUGCCCUGAGCCCAGCUUCGGCUGGGGAGGGCGGGGUAUAAAUAAAAUUUAUUAUUAUUAUUAUUAUAAAAUAUUUCUCUCUUUAUCUGUUUCUUAUUGCAGGAUGACGUAGCCUUGUGAGGAUUUAUCAGCUAAGCAGAAAAUGAGCUUAACAUCUUGGUUUUUGGUGAGCAGUGGAGGCACCCGUCAUAGGCUGCCACGAGAGAUGAUUUUUGUGGGAAGAGAUGACUGUGAGCUGAUGUUGCAGGUAAUUGUGUCAGUUCUCCCAACUGUGAAAUGCUGGAAGUUGGGAUUUUAUACCCUUGAUACAUAUUUCUUUUUGAGGAUUAUAUUUUGAAAUGUUAAGUGUUUUGCUGCUCCAGUCUUUAACCUCUAAUAAAUUAAUCUUUCUUCUACACUGUGGAGCAGGAUUAUAGUGACUGCAUAGUAUUAGUUUGCUUUAGUUAGUGGACCUGUGCACACGGCAUGAGUCUGACAUGUGGCUGCGUAAUAAACGUAUAGACCUAUGGACCAUUCUGAUCAUGAAGUGAGAACAUAACCUCUCUUUCUGUCUACAGAGUUAGCCUUCAGACAAGCAGGAAAUUGGGUAGCAAUAUGAGAAUAUUUGAGUUACAUUAUAGUUGUGAAUUAAUUCCUGAUUCAAGUUUGAGGCUCAUAGAAAUGUAAAGGUCUAGAAAAAAUCAGGAUUAAGCCCUUUCCUCAAGUCCUGAAAUAGAAAAAAAUUAAAUCUGAAAACACUUUUUUUAAAAUAAUGAAACACUUAGCUCUAAAAAGUAAUUUUGUUAACACAGUAGCAAGUUCCAGAACAGUACAUAUAUUAAUUUUGUAGCAGUAUGGAGACUAGCAGAUAUAUUGUAUCUUAAGCAUUUGUCAAACAGAACCCUUUUCAAAGCCUUUGAACUAGAGCAGGCAUUGGCAAACUCAGCCCUCCAGAAGUUUUGGGACUACAACUCCCAUCAUCCCUGACCACUGGUCCUGUUAGCUAGGGAUGAAGGGAGUUGUAGUCCCAAAACAUCUGGAGGGCCGAGUUUGCCUAUGCCUGAACUAGAGACUGUAGGCUACACAUCUGUUUGUCUGUAAAAUGCAGCAACGCUCUUUGUUAUACAGUGGUAGCUCUAGUUACGAACUUAAUUUGUUCCAGAGGUCUUAACCUGAAACGGUUCUUAACUAGAGGCAUGCUUUUGCUAAUGGGGCCUCUUGCUGCCGCUGUGCCACUGGCACACGAUUUCCAUUCUCAUCCUGGGGCAAAGUUCUCAACUCGAGGUAACGCUUCCAGGUUAGUUCAGUUUGUAACCUGAAGUGUUUGUAACCUGAGGCAUUUGUAACUCGAGUUACCACUGUAUAUCCAGUACACACUGCUGCAGAUCUGUUUGUUCCAAAUUUCAAAACAAAUUAGUAGUGCUAUAGACAUGGCUUCAGUGUUUGAUUGGAUUAUUGGAAUAACUUGUCGUCCGGAAGCUUUGCAAGGAGAUCUAGGCUAAUGGUAGUUCCAGAAGUGCAACUCUUCAAUUCAUGGAGCAACUACCCUGUCUCCCACCCUUCAUGUUCCUAGUACAUUUUUUUUGAGGGAAGCAUAGGAAAAUAGCAUUUUUCCAUGACUUCAAAACUGAAUCUUUUUACAUCUUAGUUCACAUGUUUUGUGAAGUAAAGUUGGCUGCCACUUAAAUGUUUAAAGUAGAACAUAAAAGGUAAAGGUAAAGGUACCCCUGCCCGUACGGGCCAGUCGUGUCCGACUCUAGGGUUGUGCUCCCAUCUCACUUAAGAGGCCGGGGGCCAGCGCUGUCCGGAGACACUUCCGGGUCACGUGGCCAGCAUGACGAAGCUGCUCUGGCGAGCCAGCACCAGCGCAGCACACGGAAACGCCGUUUACCUUCCCGCUAUAAAGCGGUACCUAUUUAUCUACUUGCACUUAGGGGUGCUUUCGAACUGCUAGGUGGGCAGGAGCUGGGACCAAAAGACGGGAGCUCACCCCGCCGCGGGGAUUCGAACCGCCAACCAUGCGAUCGGCAAGUCCUAGGCACUGAGGUUUUACCCACAGCGCCACCCGCAUCCCCUAAAGUAGAACAUACUCUGUAUUAAAAUCACCUCUGUACUAAAAGCAUCUUUGUAGCUUUUAUAAUUAUGAAUCACCAUCUAAGUAAGGCAUCAAAAGCAGUGUUCCAUAGCAAGCAUUUACCUACAUCUGAGUGUCUUCGACAAAGAAAUAUAAAUUAUUAAUAUGGAUAAAUAGCUGUAAAAAUAUUAAGUGACCAGUCUCUGCUGGAAUGUUGAAAUUAGGCUAGGCAGCUGUGUAGGCUACUGGGAAGUCUAGUAGUACUGCACUCAGUGAGCACACGCAGCCACCAUCAGUGUAGUGCAGUAUAGUCUGAGUAACUCGCAGCAAUCAAUCUGUGUGAUCUAUAGGUGGCUAGAUUUGACUCAAGCAGAUUUGUGCUGUUGCCAGUUAAACACAUAUUUUCAGGUAGGCACUUACAGUCUUAGAAUUAUAAAGUAAGAAUCCCAUUUUCUAAUUUCUCUAAAUUACUGAAUCACUGAUAGAACCUCGUACCUACGGGACCGCCUCUCCUGGUAUGUCCCACGGAGGACCUUACGGUCUUCAAAUAAAAACAUCUUGGAGGUCCCAGGCCACAGGAAGGUGAGACUGGCCUCAACCAGAGCCAGGGCUUUCUCGGCCGUGGCCCCAGUCUGGUGGCACGCUCUGUCACAAGAGACUAGGGCCCUGCGGGACUUGACAUCUUUCUGCAGGGCCUGCAAGACAGAGCUGUUCCAACAGACCUUUGACCAAGGCACAGUCUGACCCCCUCCUUCUGUAAUCCUCAUAGAACUCUAGCCCAGUGGUUGCCGUUAAUUUGACUCUGAAUUGAUUUUAGAAUGAAUUGAUUUUAGAAUGUAUUUCAAUUAAUUGAUUGUGCUUUUAUGUAAACUGUGUUAUUUUUACUGUUGUUAGCCGCUCUGACCCGGCUUCGGCUGGGGAGGGCGGGAUAUAAAUAAAAAAUUAUUAUUAUUAUUAUUAUUUACACUUCAUAGAGGUACUCAGCUAUGUCCAGAUCAGAGGGAUGGUACUCUAGUCAGCCGCUUAGGGCUAAGCAAUUUAGUCAUGACUGAUAGAUCUCCGUUGAGGGUAUUGCAGAUUCAAAGUUUGUUUCUCAGAACAGUUGCCGUGUACUACUCUGUGUUGGAAUCUCAGCCAGGUUCAGACGAUCAAUUUAAUACACUGAAAUAUGAACAAGCUUCUUAGCCUUUACUUUUUUGAGCAUUACCUGAUGUUUUCAUACAAGUAAUUUGGCACAGAACUGGUUCAGAUGAGAUGAACUUAAUAAGUCAAUAUAUGAACAAACAUUUUCCAUGUGCACCUUGUUUCCCCCUUUGCAGCAUGAGCAAACAAGGAAGUCUUCACUUUCCUUUUUUCAUCCAAUUUGGGAAAUUGGGAGUAUUUAAUAUCCUGUCUUGGUCUGAAGCUGGUAGUCAAAGUUUUACAGUUUGAUGAGAUAAGCUGUGAUUAAUCAUAUGCUUCCUGGUUAAUCAUGGCUCAUAAGAGCAGAGAAACAAAGGGGCUGUGCACAUGUGAUAAAGGCUUGUUCAUAUCUCAGGUUAUGGGAAUCUUCAAAAUUUGGAGGUUAGACUGCUGUUAAGGAUGUUGGACAAGGUCUCCAAAUUUGUUCCAAUGUGGUACUCCAAAUUAACACCAACAGGGUAAAAAUUCUGGUUCAAUUACUGAAUAUUUUUUUAAAAUAAAAUUUAGUAUGUUCAGUUCAUCUGCAUAGCUGGGAGAAUAGAGGAAGCAAGUUCACAUUACCCUUUUCACUACAUGCUAUACUGAUGAGAACACUAUUUAGAGAGUAUUCUUGAUUUUCUGUUAGAUAAUUGAUUGCCCACAAACCUGUUUUCAUGACUAUUCAAGGUUAUUAAACAACGAAUAUUUCCUAUUUUCUACUGAGUUAUCUAUUUUAAAAGAACAGCUAGCUAUAGAAGUAUUGCCUCCAGAUCUGACCAUUUUCACUGUUUUGCUGAGCUUCCUGAUAGUCACACUACCUCUCUGCAGAUUAUGCAAAUCUCAGCCUUUAAAAUAAACAGCUUUUCUGGUAAUUGUCACUGUCAGCUGUUUUUGAACAAUUCCAUUGGCUUUUAUUUUUAGCCCCUGUAUCAGGUUAAAUUUCCCUUCUCUAACCUUAAAAGCCCUUCACAACAUUAGCCUCAUAACUUUUUCCUAGUAGCUUCAUGGUGUCCUUUGAAACAACUAGGAUUUCUUAAUUCCUUACUUUAAUGCAUAUUUAUAUUAAUACGAAUUACAAUGUUAUAUUAUCUUCUAAAUAUUUCAGUCACGUAGUGUGGACAAGCAACAUGCUGUAGUCAACUAUGAUGCCUCUACUGAUGAACACUUGGUAAAGGAUUUAGGCAGUCUGAAUGGGGUAAGAUAAACGUGACGGUUCUGUUUUCAGGAUGUAGUUCAGCUUUAACAAUUUAGAGAGCUCUGAACAAAUAUUUGUGAUUACUUUGUUAUGGAGACUUAAGUUGAAAGAAAUGAAGAAUCAUGACUUUAAACACUAUACCCUUAUGGUAUAUUACAAAUUGUGUGUGAAGCACCCCGCAGUUUUAGAAAGGCAGGGCUUAACCUUUAAGCAGAUCUUUGAUGUCUACAAGGAGGCAGGAAUCAGCAAAAAAACACACACCCAAAAACCCCCCACCCACAUUCCACUCACAGAAGCAUCCAGUUCAUGGGGUUCUAUCCUAGAUCCAGUCUAACAAAAAAAUAAAUGUCAUGUAUCUUUUGAGAAAGGUACCUUGCUAUUGUGGGAACAGCUUGUGUUAACACAGCAAGUUUAUAGCGUAUUUCAUUAGCAGAUUCAUUGUAAGUAAUUCAUGAUAGGCCCAGGGCAUGUUGGCAUUAAAUAAAGCCAGAUCUCUAUAUAUUCACAUAUCCUUUCUAAAUUUUUUAUUGGGCAAGUAAGGUUGAUUCUGUAAUAUUUUCAGCAAUUGAAUAGUGACAUGUGGUACCAUGACUUUACAAGAAGAAUUAGAUUCACAUUUAGAAGUUCAUUACUGGUAGAAGGUAUAAUAUGUUUCUUCUUUUUCCACCAGACAUUUGUGAAUGAUGUUCGAAUUCCAGAACAGACAUACAUCACUCUAAAACUUGAUGAUAAAUUAAGAUUUGGAUAUGAUAUCCUUUUUUAAAAGAAGGAGUUAGUGCUAUGUUUGGCUUUUUAAAAAGUUAUUGUUCCUGAAUUUACAUAUUAACAAUUCUAUUUAAUUUUUUGGGUAAGCUGUUCUGGGUGCUUGUAAAAGAGUGGGGUGUGAAUGUAAAUACUGAAUAACAAUAAUAAGAGAGUAGAGGUGCAUUUCGGAAUUCACAAACCAACUGGCAGAAAGAAAUGGAUUAAAAAUCUUAUCUCUGAAAUGUUGAGAUAACUAAAAAUGAAUUGUCAUGGUUGUUAGUGUAGCAAUAUGUUAAGGCUUUACUGACAGAAGCCAGGUAUACUUGAAGAGUUUUCCACAUAGUCGUACAGAUUCGCGAGGUUGUAGCCAACACUAUGGUUCUGCUCAUGCAACAGAACUUCCCCCUCUCCUCUACCUUACAGUUGCUGCACAAUAAAGAAGGGACUAAAUUUAUGAAUAUUGAGGGGACCGGGGGGGGGGGGGGAGCAAACAAGCAACUCUCAACUUUACCUGUUUUAUGUUUCGAAUCAAGUUAAGGUUUGGUUUGAUGUCAAAAUUAGGCAAAUACCUAAAAUGCUCUUAUAUUUUGCUGUUAUGGGCAUACAUAGUCAUUGGUUGACAGUAACUGGAAUUAUUUUGCUUAUGCUAAACAUUCACAUCAAAUAAAUUUGCUAGCAUAAAUUAAUGAAGAACAAUAUAAUAGAAUAUUUAUGAAUGCAGUCCCCUUAAUUCAUAAAUAGGAACAAUGUCAUUCUAAAACUUGGAGGCUGCAAGCAAUAUUUUGCUCCCCAAAACCUUAUACUUAUCAUAACAUUUGAAGUUUCUAAUGGACUUGGACAAAUAUCACUAAAUUUCCUUAUCGCAUUAUACAUACUAAUCUUUUUACUGUAGUCAGAGGAGAGAUGAGAGUUCCUGAAGAAGCCCUUAAGGUAUGCAUUUUCUGUCACUUUUAACUCUUGAUAGCUCUCUGUUCAUUCUAUCUAUAUGUAUGUUUGGUUCUCUGAAGAUUUAUAGUUGGCAUAAAUGAAGAUACACAAAGGAAGGUGGUGGACAGAAGAGAAAAGCACCUCCAUGAGAGGCAGACCAGAUAUGUUUCCUCAGGGUGUGAGGCUGAGGGAAGUGGGGGAAGCUCCCAGGUGAGAGCGGGGAGAGCUCACCCUUCUGUGUGUGAAAUAAGGAUUAAUAUAUAAUUGUGAUAGAGGGCUUGGUAUUACAUGCAAGUAUUACAUUUCUUUCUUCUUCCUUCCUGUAUUUUUCUUUUGGUUUGUUUCUUACCUCUUUUUUUUAGCUUGGUUUUUAUUGUAUCUUAUGUUGAAAACACUCAAUAAAAAUUUUUUAAAAAAUAAAUAAUAAAUAAGUGCUUAAGGUAAAAAUAUAUAGCCCGUAUUUAUUGAUUCUCGGGUUAGAUUGCUGCACUCCUGAAGCCUGGUUCUCACUAAGCAGCAGCCCCCAUGCAAGCAUUUGGGGAGCUUGUGUGACUGCUGUUUGCUUGCCGCUGCUAUGCUUGCAGUUCAAAUGAACUAGUGCCUCCCUGUAGGCACUUUUGCAUGCCCCGAAGGAAAUUCUCCCUACAUCUACUCCACAUUAGCAACCAGCACCUCCAGUCCAUAGUAGGGAGGCUUUUUACCAAAUUGUUCCCUGAACAUUUCCUAGCAAGCAAAAAUGAGUCAUCAUCACUUCACCCAACCAGCCCCCAAAGUAACUGCUGUUUUGCCUGUUGUGUUAAAUAGAGCUGGAAAUGUUUGGGGUUACAUUGCAGUCAGGAGUAAAAAAUUCCCAAUAACGUGUGUGUAUGUAUGGGGAGACCCUAAAGUGUGAAAUAGAAAAUAUUAGUUUUAUUUGGUUUCUUUUUCAAAGUUAUUUCUGUUUCCCUGCAUAAGUGUAACAACUAUGUUAACCUCCUAUGAUGAAUUGUGUUUUCACCAUAAAGUUCUGGAUAGAUGUUAGUAAUUUGGAGGUCCCUUUAAGUGUAUCUUUUUUUUGUAAAGCAGUAGCAAAGCUAGGAAAGUUGGUUUGAAAAGCAGGGCUUGGCAGAGAGAAGGUGAGCAGGCAAAGGAGUCUGUUGUCAAGCAGGAAAGGAGGGAAGGCUACUUGCAGAAAUGCACCAAUCACAGUUUCUUAGCUGAGGGAACAAUUUCAUUUUCUAGCUACCCUUGCCUCAUGCCUUCUUUUCUAAUUGCUUGUCAAGCAAGUGGCUGGGGUGUCAACACAAACAAGUAUUACAUCAGGAUCCUGGAUUCUGACUUAACAACAAACCAUAGUUAAAGUGAGCUGCAGUUCAUAAGUCAACAGCAAACCAUGGUAUGUUUUCUGUAAAUAAACCAUGGUUAAUUUCCUGGGCCAGGUUCAUAUAUUCAGACAGAUCACAGCUAGGAAACACAAACUGUGUCUUGGUAUUAUCUGCAAAUGCAACCAGUUGGUUUAGAAUCAAUAUAUUGGGUGAUACCCAACUUAAGUUGAUCCAGUACAAGCAAUGGACUUAGGUAACUUACGUUUGUUGAUUUGAGUGGGUCUGCUUUGAAUAUGGCUUAUAUUGAAUACCUUGAUUGAUUCAUUUUAUAGUAGUUUAUUAAAACUUAAUGUUGAAUACUUAAUGUUCUGUUGCUUUGCUUGAUGGGGAAUUAUCUAACAUACAGCAUGAGAAGUUUACAAGUCAACUGCAGCUAUCCCAAAAAUCCUCGGAGGCAGAAGGAUCAAAGCUAACCAGUGCCAAAGCUACACCGCCAAAGGUACAAGACACCAUUGCUGAAGUGCACCACAAAGUUAUAGACACACUGAAAGCUGAAGAGAAAGUGGCAGGUGAGAGAAAUGAAUUUGUACAGUCAGUUCUAGCUACUAAAAUAUAUUAGCUUUGGAGAAGCCACUGUAAGAUGUAAGAUGUUUUGAGUUAGGUAAGGUAUAAAGGAGUUGGGGCAUUAAUUGCCUCAUAUGUCAUUGUAAAAAUUGCCAGGAUUGUCUCUUACUUUGUUAUAGUACCUAAUUGUUACAGUUCUGCAAAGAAAUUUCCAUUCUGUGUAGUGGCCUAAUAGGAAAGAACUCCUCAUUCUAUAUCACUUGCCUCUUAACAGUGUGCUUUUCUGGCCGUUACGGUGUAAAUAGAAACAAAAAGCUACAAUUAACUGUCAGAUCCCUUGUAUUUCUUAAAUCAGCUUGGCUUUGCUAUCUGACACAUUACAUUGUAAGUGUUUUCAUUUUAAAGUGAAUGAAAUUUUGUUGCAGCAGCUUUGAAGUCCAGUGAAUGAUUUAUUACUUUUAUGAAAACAAGUAUUUCUUUGCCAAACUAGCAUAUUUGGAGAC